AUGGUGGUUACAAAGCAAAAAAACAAUUUGGCGCAAAGCCCAGCACACAAUGUGGAAAAGGAAGUGGGCAUAGAUGACAUCUUUGAAAAACUUUCAAAAAUAGGUUCUGAAAAGAAUAAGAAUGAUAACGAUGACAAGGAGACAUUAGAGAAACUAAAAGAGCAUGUGAGCAAGCUUCCUGGGUUUGAUAAAGCAGACCUAGAGGAUGAUGUCAGGAAAAACAAGAUUUUGAAGAAAAAGUACCAGGUCACGAGUAUAAAUGACCCUAUCGAGAGCGUACUUCCCAAAAAAGGACAAUCAUUACUUCGGGAUAGAACUGCUUUAAAGAGAAAACGUACGGCAGAGUGGUUUGAUCUACCGAAGACCGAACUGACGGAAGAUAUGAAAAGAGAGUUAUCCAUUAUCAAGUACAGACAGUAUUUGGAUCCAAAGAGAUUCUAUAAAAAAGACAAGUGGGAGAUUCCAGAACGAUUCCAGAUGGGUACAAUUGUUGGCGGUCCAACUGAUUAUUACAACAGAUUAACUAAGAAACAGAGAGGAGAAGGAUUUAUCGAGGAAAUACUCAAUGAUCCAGAUGCCAAGGCUUGGUUCCACAAGACAUAUGAAGGUAUCCAGAAAGAAAAGGUUAGUGGUGGCAAGAAUUACUACAAGGACUUUGUUGCCAAAAGGAAGGGUGCCAAAUGA